AUGUUAAAAGGAUUUGCAGGUUCGGCCGUUAAAGCUGACGGCUUAGUACAUUUUGAUUUGAAUGUUGAUGACAUCCAAUUACGUACGACUGCAGUUGUCACACGAGAAAAUUUAGGAGACAUAGCAUUAUUAAUUGGACAGCCAGUCAUAAAUAAUGAAAAAAUUGUUUUGAGUGUAUCAAAAGAUGGUGCAUUUUUCAAAAAGGUAACGGUUACUAAUUUAAAUCUUAUCGACACAAUUGAAGAAGCGUUAUGUUUUAGAGUUUUAGUAGCCGAAGAUACUGAAGUCCCGAUCGGAAGCAGCCUCGUGAGUGUGUACGUAGCCAAUCCACCUCCUGGAUAUUUGAGCACAAAACCGAGACAAUACAGCUUAAGUGGAGUCGUGUAUGCUCUUGGACGUGGAAUUUUACGGGAAGGCAAGGGCUACAUCAAAGUCUGUAACAUCGGGGCUCAGCCGAUAAUGUGGAAAAAGGAUGAGACUAUCACUAGAGCGGAGAGGUGCGACAUUGUGCCAGAGGAUGGCCGACUGUAACGGGCGGAGUGGAGUGGUGCGAUAAUCGGAGGAGGGGUGAAGGGUGCAACAGAGGAGACUGGCGGGAGAGGCGAGGAGAGGAGAGGGGAUGAUAUAAAAUGGCGUGAUUAGUAGCGGAGCCGGCAUUAUUAUUCUAAAUUUUUGUACUAAGUUACUGUGAUUGAAAAUAUACUUA